UGACCUCUUCAAACAGUGGUGGGAACUUGCUGAACACGGACAGGGAAGUCCGCUUCUAUCAUUUCUACUCGGCGUGUUUUGUGUUACCUUCACGAGUGCCUUCUAUGCAGUUUAAGGAGAUCGGAUCUUUUCACGUGUGUCGUGCCUUUGGAGGGUGCUGAUGGAUUAAGAUGGUUAUUAGAUGUGCCAGAAUGAUCGAAUGAUCAUAUUUAUCUUGUGUCGCACGUUAUGGAGGCCCAAUGCCAGGGAUGCCCUCCCAGCACGGGAUGCCUCAGCACGGAAUGCCCCACCACGGAAUGCCUCCUCACGGAAUGGCCAUGGGUGCCCCCCCAGCAGGAUACCCCUCUCAGGCGGGGGGGUACCCUGGCACCUUUGCCCCCCAGCCCGCUGCCACGGACCCCAUGUGGGGGUACUUCACCGCCAUCGCGGGCCAGGACGGUGAGAUUGAUGCUGAGGAACUUCAAAGAUGCCUGACACAGAGUGGCUUCAGCGGUUCCUACACACCCUUCAGCUUAGAGACCUGCAGAAUCAUGAUCGCCAUGCUGGAUCGAGACAUGACGGGGAAGAUGGGCUUCAACGAGUUUAAGGAGCUCUUCACGUCGCUCAAUGGCUGGAAGCAGAACUUCAUGAUGUUUGACCAGGACCGCAGCGGAACCGUGGAACCACACGAGAUGUCACAGGCCAUCGGAUCCAUGGGCUACAGGGUGAGCCCCGCGACCCUGAAUGGCGUCAUCAAGCGCUACAGCAAGGCCGGACGCAUCUACUUCGACGACUACGUGGCCUGUUGUGUGAAGCUCAGGUCCAUGACAGACAGCUUCAGGAGGAGAGACACGAUGCAGCAGGGGUCGGUGAUGUUCCAGUACGACGAUUUCAUCCAGUGCACCAUGGCCAUAUGAUGGACCCCCUGCUAUACCACCCCCCACCACCAGGAGGAGGCCAAGAAGAUAUAGGGGGGGAGAUGGGGGGAUGGGAAGAAGAAGAGUGAUAUAGAUGCAGAGAUAGAUAGACAGAUACUGCUGUUGUAUCAAAGACUGAUAUAUGCAGCUAAUGCUAAAAACUAUAAAAUGACUUAUAUAUAAUAGAAUAUAUAUAUAUAAUAGAAUAUAUAUACAUACAUACAUAUACCUCUUAGAAUAUAUACAUAUACAUACAUAAAUACCUCGUCUGGAGAGAGACUAUAGAUAAGAGUGCCAUGACCAAUAACCCUUCCUAACAUUAGCUCAUAAAAAUAAUGCACACACACACCCACACCCACAC